AUGAACUACGACGGCAACAUCGCCCGUGGCAUCGGCUAUCAACGUCAGGCCAAAUGGACUGUCGCUACUCAGUCCAAGUCGAAGCUUCUCACUCUCCCUGGAGAAGUCCGUACUCGAAUCUACGAGCAUGUUCUUAUUGUGCCACCAAAUGAGCAAGGGAACGUGGUAUUCGGCUGCCACUUCGACCGACAGUGGCCCAAGCCAGCCACACGACCUGCGACUACCAACAGCACACCUACUACGCGACCCAAGUGCAGCGUCCUCGCACUGAUUCAGACCUGCCGCCUGGUCUACCGAGAAGCCGCCGGUAUCUUCUACCAUCGCAACAAACUCGAGCUAUGCGACUCGACGCUUUUCUACUACUUCGUCAAUUCCACCAGCUGGCCUCGUCUGCAAGGUCUGCAAACCAUGACGUUUGUGGUUUUCAAGAUGAUGGAAGCUCGUGACCUCAUGGCCACACUCAUCGGCUCCCGCCAGGAUCACUGGCUCAGCAAGGUGGCCAUCAAGCAGGAUGGGUCGAAGUUGAAGUCCUGGGAGGCGCUGCGAGAUUUCGAUGGUGAGGUCGGCAGUCUGAUGCGCGAGGCAGAGGAGAUGUUCUGCGUCAAGACCUUGGUCUUCGAGUUCGACUGUGGCUUCGAUCAAGUUCAGAAGCAGAAAGCUGCCCUGCGGGUGCAGAGGAUACUGUCGGAGAUGCCGAGCAAGGAGGCGAGGGUGAAGUGGAGGAAAGCCAUGGUGUGGCACCAUGCGAAGCAGAAGGCGAUAGUGUUGAAAAAGCUGGGUGCUUUGUCGAUCUAG